GGCGAGCGAUGGGUGUUAAAAAACCAAGAUGUCGGCCGACGGCGGCGGGCAAGUGUCGUGGUCAUGUGCCGCUGAGACCCGUUGACCUGAUAGGUGUUAUUACCCGCGCUGUCAGAAAGCAAACGCGGCGAAACAAUGCGUUCGGCGACGGUGACAUGAGCCGGUUUUGUUGUUUUCGAAAACUGUUGUGUCGGCGGAACUCGCUCGGCGGCCAAUAUCGACGGCGGCUGCUCACGUCGUCGCCCUGGAGCUUGUUGUCAGAGUGAAGUUAGUCGGAACGGGCGAUCUCAUUGCACCCACGCCGAAACAUCAAGUCUUCCCUUCGCUUCUUCUCUUAUCCUCCUCCUCGUCUCCCUCCCCCCUGCUGCUACUGCUGCUACUGCUGCUGCUACCGCGGCCUGAUAUUCAAUCACCGGAAGACGUUAUCAAUGAUGAAGCAGCUGCAACAACGCCAUGACGCUGCCGGAUCGGCGAAGGUUCACGCAAAUGCAACGCGCGUCAAGUCAAGGUCGAGGAAGUGUUGCAGGCCUCAAAGGCGACUGAACCGUUCCCAAGUUCUGAAAAUGCAACCGAGGAAACAACCGAAGUCAGAUCAAGAGGCCCAAAGCGUCGCCUCCGAUGGAGUCAGUAGUGGAGCAGUGAGUCCCGGUGCCGUACCGAAUGGAGAAACUUCUAAGCAGUUUCUAUCGACUGGAAGAACCGGACGCAGAAAUGCACUGCCCGAUAUCCUGGGGCAUCAUGCAGACACGGAUACAGCCGAUCUACCAUCUCGGCUGGAGGCACUGACGACGGAAACAAAGCAAGCCGAGCCGAGCACCAGCAAAGACGGGGCGUCAACUUCAAAGCAAUACACCGGGUGACAGCGCACCGUUUUUGGCUAACACGAAGAGAGAAAUUUUCUGCAACUGCUUUGUGCUCGUACGGUGAAAAGAGUUUAUUGAAAGUGGACUUCGCUAUUGAAAAAUAAACCCUGGCGAAGUUGGGAAUCAGUCAAUUGCAGAGAUAGUAAUUUCGCCCAUGAAGUUUUCGGGAUUACGGUGAGAUUUCAAUUAUCCGAGAACGUGAGAAUGACUAUCUUCGUUCUCAGAUCGCCAACGAGGCUUCAGUUCCUGUGACGUGAGAUAAAUAUCAUGUAUUAAAUUAGGUUAAUAUACAGAGGUUAAGUGCAACAAAAAAAAAAAUCCACUUGAUGCAUUUGGCAUUUUGUCAUAGAAUAUAAUUUGGACAGAUUAACUAUGAGAUUUGUUG